AUGGGAGAAGAAGGUGGUGAUGGAGGUGAUGUGGCAACGGUGUCGGAGGGGAAAACGGGGGCAUCAGUGUCGAAAGAAGCCGUGAGAUCAAGUGGGGUGGAAGGAGAUGGAGUACGUGGUGAGGGUAGGUCUGGAGAGAGAAGUGGAGUAGAUGACAAAUCAGAUAAAGGAAGAGGCCUUUUGACCAGAAGGGUAACCGAGAAAAACACAGCGCUUGGCUCUAGGGUCAAAUUUAUGGGAAGGUUGGACAAUGGUGGCAUAGGCUAA